UGUCCAGCAGAGGUCAGACAUGUCACACAUCAACACCACCGAGCUACAGUCGCUCCUGCUCUCCUUCCUGCAGCACUGCCUCAACAGCACAAGCAUACUGUCUCCACAGACACCCCAGAACUACACUACCCAGCAGGCUGUGCACCACGUGGCUGCAUCCAGGGCCCACACUCAGUCUCAGGGAAUCAUGUACAUCCUCCUGGUUGUUGGCAUGUUCAGCUUCUUCACAUUCGGCAUCAUGCUCAGCUACAUUCGCUCGAAGAAGCUAGAGAGCUCUCACGAUCCGUACCAUCAGUACAUCGCCCACGACUGGACCAAGGUGAUGACUCCGUCCAGGGCCAUCGCUCAAGCGCUGCACAGGGAAGCUGCAGGUACCGGAGCCAGCGGCAAGGAGUCCAUGGUCAUCUGCAACCCUGCAACACUGGAGCAGCUGCCAGACUAGAAUGACACAUUCAGCAAUUUAGACAUUU